AUGUGUGUUCGAAAAGAAAGUGAACACAAGAGCGUUCAUGAGUUUCUACAAGACUGGAAAAUAUUAUCAGACCAAAGAAGUGACAUAUUGAUAAACAUUGACUUCGACUUGUUGUAUCCAGAAAAAGGGCUGAAUUUUUAUUUAAAUUGGAAAAUAUUUUUCGAAAAAAUUAUUGCUUUUAAACCGAACAGAGACGAAAGGAUCUUGAACCUUAUUGAGUCACUGAAAAAUUUAGAUAAUGAUUUAACACUUCCUGCUGAGCUUAAAAUACUCGCACAUCUGGUGCCUCCAAAGGGAAGAAUUUCAAAAAAAAUUAAGUUCACUACUCAGGAAGCAAUUGACUCCUUAUAUAUUUGUGUGCCGAAUGCUGGCGAUAUAGACCAAGUAAUCAAAGAACAAAAACAAAAGGCGACAAGCAAGAAAUUGUCUGUUCAACCCUAUGUUAUACUCCAGGGAUCUUUGCUAGAGUGUGGUUCACCGUUACUAAUAGUAGAUGAUGUAAGAUAUCAAUUUUUAACCAUAACAAAAGCUUUUGAUACUCUUUUUAAACUUUACCAUACCUUCAACGUUAGAUAUCCCAGAGCAGGCGACCAUUUAUAUUUGAUCAUACAAAGAUGUGUAUAUAAUAUAGAAACUAAGUACGAUAACGUCGUACCGUAUAUAAUUGACGUUUUGAAUAUGUGAUUUAGCUAAACACCACUUUCAAGGUUUCAUAAACUCAAUCAGAGCAG